AUGUCUAUCCAUGCCACCCUCUACAACAGGCCCUCUGCUAUCGAUGAGGCAAUCUUAUUCGCCGACGCGUCAUGGAGGAAUGAGGAAGAGGACGACGAAGAAGAAAAUAGCGACCAGCGAGGCCAUGGCGGAGAAACACAGAGGUGGGCGGUUGAUCACUCUACAGGCCAUCAUCGCCUCCGAGUAGAUCGCUUUAUCCAAAGGGUUUUAGCAAAGGACUUUGAGCCCGAUAACGCACUGAAGAUGAUCCAAGAGAAGCACACCAUCGACUUCGGGUCUAUCCGGACCGGGUGCACCCAGGCGCAGCCGUCAGAUGGAUACUACCCGCAAUUCUUCCUCGACUUCUUUAGCGUUAUAGGCAAGCCUGGUCAGGCUAUAUCGAAGCGCGACGGCCCGAUCUUCGACAACAUUAUCGUAUCGUUCCAGCGAUGGUCAGCUCCUUACGGCGCCAAGCACAUCAGCGGGAUCCCUUUCGACAUGACCGGGCGAACCUUUCGGAUUGCGCAGGCGGCCACGCGCGAGACCUGGUUCAUCGUCAUGCACCCAGUGACGGGCGAGAUGUCGGAGUUGCCCUCCUCGUCCGCCGACGCCCGCCGGAGGCGGGAGCAGGCCGGCGAGCGAAGCGGCAUGCCCACGCAGUUGGCAAGCGAGUUAGCCUCCUACAUCACCAGCGUAUUUCAAGUUCCCGAGCUCCUGGGGGAGGGCGUCGAGCCCUCGUGGCGCCUCGGCGGGCAGGAAAGCUAG